CGUUAGAAGGCCCCUCCGGGGAAACACCGCAACGUCGCGGGAAACCAGCGCCAGGGCCGGCAACAUUGCUGCGACAUCCGCAGGGGCCUAGCUUCUACUUCUUCCACAAGUACUCCCCCCGCGUACACCCCCCGCGCCCCGCCUGACAUCUAGCGGAGAAUUCGAGAAUGAGCAAUGGCGCUCCCAUCUCCCCGCCUUCGUCACUACAGGACGAUGACAGCCAUCUGCUUCGUCUGCAACCUGCCCAUCCUGAGCCACCAGGUGGGGCUCGUCUGGCAGGGCGGCAAUGGCUGGGACGACCUCGUCCGGGAGCAGGUGGAGGAGUCGACGCUGCGUCAGCGGCUGGGCGCGGGGCGGCGCGACUCGGCGGCGCAGAUCACGUCGGUGUCGCCUCCCACCGAGACGCAAGAGACGUCGCCGCCCACGACGGCGGGCCGGCGCCGGCGCUCCUCGCUGGCCCAGCUGACCGACAUCUUGCGCGAGUGGGGCGGCGGCAGCUCGCACGGGUCCCGCUCGCUGAGAGGCUCCAGCCACAAGGACCCGCUCACCAGUCGGCGCGAGACGCUGGCGGACCUGGCCAAGUCGCUGCCCUGGGGGCGCUCCUCCACGACGACGUCGGCGCCGCCCCCUGAGACGCACACCUCGUCGGGCUUCGGCUUCCGCAAGAGGCGCGAGUCCUCGGCGGACGCCACACUCACUGGCCGCAAGCGCAGGGAUUCCUCCGCCAUCUCGGACCUCAGGUCUGACCUGGCGCGGCUGUGGUCCUCGCGACGGGACUCGAGCGCCACUUCCGGAGCGACCAUCAUCACUGCCAGGGACCCCGCUCAGCGGCGCGGCUCUGGGGAGUCGUCCCGGAGUGGCGGGCGCCGCGACUCCACCACUGUGAUCGCCUCCUCUGGCUCCAGGAGGGGCUCUGGGGAGUCUGCGCGCUCAGGCGCUGCCCGACGAGACUCGACGGCGUCGGGUGCGGCUCCGUCGCCGCCGAAGAUCCACCACCAGCACUCGCACCACCACCACCACCACCACCACCACCGCAGCUCGCACCACCACCACCGGCAGAGGAGGGACUCCAGGACGGCGCUGCCCGUCACCGAGGCGGGCCAGCAGCCCAAGUACUACCGACAGGAGCAGCGGCCGUCCACGUCGUCCACGGCGUCGGACUCGGGGCCGUCCAUGGCGGUGCCCGCGCCGCCUCCGCCCCCCUCCGGCGCCGGCGCCGCAGGCACCGCCCCCGCCACCACGGCGGACGUCACCAGCUCCAGCAUUGCGAGCCGCUGUUGCCGGCAGGUGUACUACAAGAGCCGGCGCGACUCGCGGUCCCACGCAUCGCCGGAGAGGCGCUCGUCGGGCAAGGAGUCGUCGGGCAAGUUCCCGCGGCUACCACGCCAGUCGACGGCCAUCGACGAGAGCUCGCUGCCGCCGGGCGUCGGCGGCGGCGGCGGGCGGCGGGGCUCGCAGCCCACGCUGUCGCCAGACCUGCAGCCAGCGUCCGACGACGGCGGCGGGGGGCCUCCGGGCCCAGGGGCGGGCCGCAAGGCGCGCCGCGAUUCGCUCAGCCCCGACUCCGCCUCCUACAGCCGCGGCCGGCGGGACUCGCGCACACACCUCUCCCCAGACAGGGAUCGCGAGGUGUCGCCGGUGGGGCGAACGCGGCGCGGCCGGCUGCGGCGGCAGUCGACGUCGAUCACGGGCGGCCCGCUGUCGCGCGCGGGCUCUGUGUGCCCGCCGCCGCCGCGCUCGCCCGACUCCUGCUCCUCCACCUGCUCCUCCAGGGACCCUUCGCCCUGCGCCCGCGAGCGCGCCGGCAGCUCUGCCGGGCCCAUCGCGCACGCUCCCGCCAUCCGCCGGCAGUCCACCACCGAGGAGAUCCUCAUCGCCAGGGGGUUCCGGCGGCAGUCUACCACGGAGGAGAUGAUCCGGUGCCGCAACUUCCGGCGCCAGAGUUCGCAGUCUGCGGAGGAGUGCACGCGCUCCCGCGGCCGCCGCGACUCGUCGGCGCAGAUCAUCGACGGCACCUUCGCCACCAUGACCGUCGAGACGAGCAGCACCUUCUUCGACUCGAGCACGCAGACCGAGCCGUCGCCGCUGUACGACAACAACCACUACCACGAGGAAUGCCUGCGCUGCAACUCGUGCGGCCUCAACCUGACGGGCCCCAACCAGAAGCGCGCGCGCCGCUUCAAGAACCAGAUCCUGUGCGACCUGCACUUCGCCGACGUCGCCCUCAUGGAGUGCUCCGACUUCAUGCAGCAGCUCCGCUCCUUCAAGCCGCAGUCGCUGGGCUGCGCCGUCGCCCGCCGCAAGAGCUCCACCACGCUCAUCUUCCCGCUGCCGCCGCAGGCCUGCUCUGACGAGUUUUGCGAGGAGUUCCCGCACAACCUGAUCCCGACGCCCGGCUACUGGAUCGAGUGCUCGCGCCAGAAGAUCGCCUCGGACACCAUCUGGGACGAGAGCGAGUCGGAGCACGAGCUGAACGAGGAGGAGGAGGAGGAGGGCGAAGGGGCCGCCGCCGCAGCCGACGACGGCGCUGGGGCCGCUGCUGAUGAUGCCGGCGAAGGCGUCCCGGGCCCCAGCCGGGUGCGGCGCGGGGGCGGCGAGGGUGAGCUGGUGGAGGACGACGAGGACCUGUAUGCCGACGACCAGGAACCCGAGCCGGCGCGCAAGAAGACGGCCAUCGAGGAGCAGUGGGAGAAGAACCAGGGCUUCGAGCUCACCUCGGUCGAGCAGGAGACGUACGAGAAGUACUUCUACGGCACCGAACACUGGAACUACUUCACCAAUGACGAGGACCUGGGGCCCGUCAUCCUCAGCAUCAAGCAGGAGACGCUCAACGGCCGCGACCAGUUCCGGAUCCUGGUGCGCGCCAUCAGCUACACGGUGCACGGGCUGAUCCCCGCGUCGUGCGUGUUCGCCGACCGCUACAACCGCGAGGAGGUGGUGCGCUCGCUGGGCAAGGAGGUGAACAUCAACCCGCCGCUGACGCUGGGCCAGCUGCCCGACACACCCGAGGAGCUGCUUAAGCUGGACCAGGUGUUCAUCAAGUCUGAGCUGAAGGUGGGCGUGAUCUACGUGAAGGAGGGCCAGUACACCGAGGAGGAGAUCCUCGACAACAACGACAACAGCCCCAUGUUCGAGGAGUUCCUGCAGAUCCUGGGGGACAAGGUGCGCCUCAAAGGAUUCGACAAGUAUAAGGGCGGCCUGGACACAGUGCACGACCUGACCGGUCUGUACUCGGUCUACACGAACUGGAGGAGCAUCGAGAUCAUGUUCCACGUCUCCACGCUGCUGCCCUACGAGAAGCACGACCCCCAGAAGCUGCAGCGCAAGCGGCACAUCGGCAACGACAUCGUGUGCGUGGUGUUCCUCGAGGCGGACAACACCAGCUUCAGCCCGGCGUGCAUCAAGUCGCACUUCCUGCACACCUUCAUCCUGGUCCGCACCAGCCCGCGCAUCAAGCGGAAGCCCACCAGAUACGAGGUUUCGGUGGUGACCCGUGACGAGGUUGGUGCCUACAAGCCAUACCUGUGGGAGCAGUCCGUCUUCGACAAGGGACCCAUGUUCCGGGAGUGGCUGCUCACCAAGAUCGUGAACGGCGAGCGCGCUUCCUACUCGGCGCCCAAGUUCGCGCGCAUGCAAGAGCGCACACGGUCGCAGAUGCUCGAGGACAUCGUGGCCAACUUGGCCAACCACGCGGAGACUGGUCAGAUACCCAAGCCCUACAGGCGCGGCUCGUGGCGGCCCAUCGGCCACAUGCGGCCGUCCAGCCCCCUACUGGACUCGGUGCGCGACCAGUUCGAAGACUACGACCAGCUGGCCAAGGACUUCACGCGCGCCUUCCUCAACAACGAGGAGAACAUCGCUAUCAAUGCCAGCCUCUUCGACGUCGUCUUCCUCGUAGGCCAGAGCAAGAGCAAGACGCGCUUCAUCGGCGUCCGGGCCAUCCUGGGCGUGCGCAGUCGUGUGUUCCAGGAGAUGCUGUACGGGAUCUCGACGGGGUUCGGGUCGCCGCAGGUGCCGGUGGCGGAGAUCCUGGCGCGCGCAGUGCCCACCCUGCACUCGCCGCAGAAGCCCAAGAGCAGCAACUUCCUGCAGGUGCCCGACAUCGAGUCGCCCAGGCCCAAAAGCGUGCCCUCGUCGCCCAUGGUGAAGCGCGCCUUCUCCCGCCUGGGCAACCUCACCGCCGGCUGGGGCCGCUCCAUCCGCAAGCAGCAUUCCCAGCUUUCCGCCGACGACAAGAAGAAGUGGUCUUCGUCGCAGGACUGCUCCAACAAGGAGGGCAAGGACAAGGAGAAGAAGGAGGCGCAGAUCCCGCAGCUGGCCGUACCGCGGCUGAGCGUCUGUGCCGAUGCCCAGAAGGUGGACCGCGCCAAGCUCGCACAGACCGAGUUCCCCAUCAUCGAGUUCGACCCGGAGACGUUCCGCAUCCUGCUGGACUACCUGCACACCGGCUCGUGCCCGCUCACCUGCUCCAACAUCCCGGGCCUCAUCUGCGCCGCGGAGCACUACGACCUGCCCGAGCUGCUGCAGGCCUGCUUCCACCACGCCAAGCAGUUCCUGCGCAUCGAUGUGGUUUGCGUGAUGCUGUGUGCCCUGGAGAACUACUACUGGCGGUACACGUCUGCGUCGGAGCUGGUCAACAUGAUACUUGCCUUCGUGGAGACCAGAGCGCACCAGCUGUGCAUCUGGCUGGCCAUGUCGAGCAUGCCCUUAAGGUCACCUAGUCCAUUUACCUACACUAAUAGCCACCUCCGUGACCUGCUGUCCAUGCCUGAGCUCUUCGUUCUGCCAACCUUGCCCUGUGCUGAGUAUUGCUGGGGCCAGGGCAGUCAGGAUUCUCUGGGUAAACAGUUCACGACAACUACAUUGGUGUUGAUUAGUGACUGUGCUGGUGAUGUUGAUAACCAACAUGUUGAUGGAAUAAUAAAUGAGUUGAAUUCCAUGAAUGUUUCAUUUGUUGCCAUAGGUCCAGAUCUGAUACCAAGUGAUGAAGUUAGUAACGGUGAUGAAAGCAAGAAUCUGAAAAUUGGUCAGUGUACAUCAGGAGCUGUUCUGGCCAAAAUAAUUGAUGAGGUUAAUGAUUCUAUGGUGUGCAAUUUUAAUGAUGCAAUAGAGCAUCUGUUGCACUUGCAAAAGAAGAGUGUCAAACCAAACCCAUGGAAUAUAAUCUUGGAGAUAGGGCCUGACAUCCGUAUACCAUUGACUGGAUACCGCAAAAUUUCUGAGGACAUGUUUCCCACUUGGCACAAAGACAGCAAUAGUGCGAAGAUUGUGCGAGAAACGAGUUACUUCUUGAAUCCCGAUGCUGAUGAUGAAGACAACAUGGCUACAGGAGAAGCAGUCGAUGAAAAAGAUGUGUGUUCUGCCUACUCUCUAAGAGCAACCAUUGUGCCCACAAGUGAGGUGGUCGAACAGGCAAUGUCAUACAGUUCUCCAGCAAAGUCACUGACUGUGUUGUGUUUCACAGCAGCAGAAAAUGUGCCUCAGUACCUGUUCAUGGGCAAUGGUGUCCUGUACUUCACUCUCCAAAAUGGCAGAACAGAGGCAGGCUCUGCAUUCUCUGCUGUUAUCCAAGCCAUGCAGAAUUUAUAUAUGGUAGCUGUUGUUGGAAGAGUUUAUCAGAGUAACUAUGACCCCUGUGUGGGUGUGCUUUUCCCAAAGAUUGAAGACGGAUUCGAGUAUCUUGUAUACACAGAGCUACCAUUUGCAGAGGACGUUCGUGAUGACUUGAUUCUUGAACCAUUGGAUCGAGAGAUAAAUGCUCUGACACCUGAGCAACUGAAUGUUGUAGACGAACUGAUUGAUUCCAUGGACUUAAUGGGUGCUUUACCAGAUGGAACUGAGGCAUUUAAAUCGGAUGAGAUAACUAAUAUAACUCAUCACAAAUUGUUCAGUUGCAUUUCCUACCGUGCCUUACACCCAGGAGAAAAAAUACCACCUAUGGUGGAAGAAAUAAGAGAGUUUGUUACUAGCCCUUUUGUCGAUUCAGGGCAUGUCAAUGACAUAAUCCUGAAAAUGAAAAAGACAUUCGACUUGAAGGAAGUAGUGCGGCGGCGGCGUGAAAAGGACUCUGCUGACAUAAAACAAGCAGUUACAAAUGGCACAAAAUCUGAGAAACCAAAGGAUUUUGACCAGCCUGGAACAUCUGCUAUGAGCAGUUCACAAGCAGCGAAGCCAAGUGGGUUUUUAGCUCACGGUAGAGUGAAGGUAGUUGGAACCACAAACCCGGAGAGCGAUUUCCAGGAAUUACUAAGUCAAGGAGAACCAUUCUCCCAAGCAUUCAACAGUAUGAAGAGUGCAAUAGAGAAGCUUGUGGAACGUUCAUUCUCGCCCCAGCAGUAUCAGAAGGCCCUCUCUGCUGUCAAAACUCUCAGGAGUAAAUCUGUGGAAAUAGAACCACUCUUAUAUAAUGAGUGGAUCACUCAGCAUAAGAAAAUGCUCAAAAUGUUGAUGAAGGAAGAAUUCUGGAACAUGAUUGUUGCAGCAAAACUUGGUCUCAUAUCAUCCUCCGAGUCCGUGAGAAGUUCUGUGAGUGAAAAAGAAGCGAAUGACUUUUUCAGUGCAGAUGUUAGAGAGUCUAUAAAGAGUGAAGAUGAUGGCUUUGAAGAUGAAGAUGAUUUACUCAUGGCAUUGUGAAGAGUGCCUAGAGCACCAUAGCCAAGAUAAGAAGAAAGACAGAGAAUUUUUUCUUCGUGAUGAAAAUAAGAUAAUUCUUAUGUCUGCGUUACCAGUUGUUCCUAAUCACCAAAUGCAGCUGUAUAUUUUGAAGGUGUAAAACUGUGCAAAUAAAACUAAUUUUUUUUU